GCUGAGUGAGCAAAGCAUGCCUCAAUCUAUCAGCUGAGAGGAAAGCAACAGAAGGAAAACACAGAGCAACAGAGAGAAGGGCAGGACAGUGAGAAAGUGUCGAAAAGAACGACAGAGGAGUAGGAAAGAGGGGGAGAAAAGGCGAGGAAAAAGAAUAAGAGAGACGGCAAGAGAGCAGAAACUGUUUUUAGAUACUUUGCAGGAGCACAUAAACUGGAGAAAGGAGGAAAAAGUGGGGGUGGCUUAAAACAGAAAAGGAGAAGGAGGGCACAGGCAAGGCAAAUGGGGGCUGGGAGUUGUUGAUAGGUUUUUGAUUUGUGUAUGUGUGUGUGUGUGAAUGAGGGUGGAGAGAGGUAGACAGGAAGAAAACAGAGAAAGCAAGCCCUAGUGCAAGCUGGUGGACGAACCAAAGGAAGGAAGGCAGAACUUGACGUAGGUCUCUGUCUUUUCACACUACGAACCGUUCAGGGCGAAGGGAACGGAGACACCAGUGAGUCAACAGAGGGAGGGAGAAGGCGGCCUGACCCAGCCGAGGAGAACACUGUCACCUACCCUGAGCUAAAAUAAAGGAAGGAAGGAAGGAAGGAGGCUAACCUCAUCUUGGUGACGGGGAACUCUGGGUGGAAUGACCCAGCCAUGAUGCCACAGCCGUGUCCCACCUCACACCCAGGUAACCAAGGACGGUUCACCUGGCUGUCAGCCGAUCAUAGAGAGAGCGGCAACAGAAUUACUGCCAACUUGGAUUCAGAGACCUUUCCUUUUAAGAGUCCUCUGUUGUACUGACGCUCCGACUCGGGCUGGUGUGAGUGCUUGUGCCAUUCACCUUCGAUCCUGCUUCCUGAUUAUCUGCUCUGUGAUGUUGGCAUCGUUUAUGCCGGCUUCUGGAAAGAUGGAUAAAUUCCACGAAUAGCUAAUUUAGACACAUCUUUCUGAUGUUGUGCCAGAGACGACCCACCAACACCGCUACGCAAAGGUGCCGUGUGGCUCAUCUUCUUGUUUGACACACUUUGAUGUCAUCAGUCAUACCUAUAGGAGAUCGCCUUUCCCGUGGAACAUCUGGUUCUGUCUCCUGGUAUUCGUGAGGACCUCCUUGACCUUGUUGCUCAAAAGUCAAGACUCUUGCAGCGGCAGAACCAUGCGGCACAUUCACGUGGAGUUGGCCCAGAAAAAGGCUCAACUAGAGCUUCCAGCACAGGAGGGGGACCUGCCUCCGUCUGCACCCCUGACAGUGGGACUAGAUCCUGGCCUCAAAGCAGGGGCUCCCAGGCGCUUUGACCAAGAGGAGCUGCGUCUCCAAAAGGUUUACCAGCUGUCUGUGUUCUCUCAAAUGGGAGGAUUUUCCACCUCCACUGGAUCCCACGCUGAUGCCCAACAAAGACCAUGUCGGGCAGGUUGUAAAAGAGGAUUAGAAGAGCCUCAGCUGACUCAUAAGCGUUCCAACCUGGAGGACACAUCAGACAAUGAGGCGAUAGAGGGAGGUGUAAUAUGCGGGUUGGCUCCAGCUCAAGCCACUGGGAACGGGUCUGUAAUCGGGCCUGGCGGGCCUGUUUCUCCCUACUCCUUUAUGCAUUUGGAGCAUAGGGACUCUGAAGGUGGACUGUCGCCUAGGUCACCACCGCUCUCCCCAAGCCAAACUCCAUCCCGGCGACCAGCUCAGCACAAUCACGAUAGACCCAUCCCUGAUGCAUUUGCUCCACUCUCCCCCAAAUCGCCCCCAAUGUGUGACCCACAUGGACAUAUCUGUGACCAGGGACACUCCAACGGAAGCUCAGCAAGGACAGAAACUACUAACGGGGUCCGCACACCAACCCAUUUGUUAGGUAGCCCUGGACACGAUGGCUGUAGUAAUGGCUCAUCCGGAGGCCAGCUCAGUCCCCUCUUAUAUGAAAUGUCCACAUAUGAAACUCCUAAUCCUGCCAGCCCCACGAGUCCGCCUGGCCCUUUCUCCCCUCCACACCACACAGAGAUGCAGGAACCAGGGGAAGCUACCGAAUGGGACAUCGGUCUGGAAUCUUCUCCACCCGAGCGAAGCGCUACCCAACAGGCAACUUUGUCAAACGGCCUGGCUUCCUGGGAGAAAACCCCAAGCAGUAACGGUCACCGUCUGUUAUCUGGAGGCCACUGGCCGGCCAAAAAGAGACUGCUUUCCCCAAGCGACACGGCAGACUCGUGCUCUGAAGACGAGGGGCCCUCUACAUCUAAGAGAAGCAGGCUGUCUUUGCUAACUUCAGGAGUGGGUCUGGUCUCGUGUCGCAGCACGGACGCUAAAGCUGCCCCGUACUGGAACCACCUGCUGCCCUAUACCCGAGACCGACACAAGACUGCUGUAGACUGCACCCGAUCCGGGAGACGACUAAAGACUGGGUUGCGCUUAAAAAGUCGCCAGCUGCGCAGCGGCAGGCAGACCGACACCGGCCGAGCCGCACGUUGGUCCUCGUCUUCCAUCAGCAGAUCGCUGCUCGGCAACUUUGAGGAGUCCAUACUGAAGGGCAGAUUCUCCCCAUCUGGGCAGAUUGAAGGCUUCACGGCAGAGAUUGGUGCCAGCGGCUCCUACUGCCCGAAGCACGUCACACUGCCUGUGCAGGUUACGUACUACGACAUCUCGGAGCACAGCGCGCCCUCACCCUUCCUGGGUGUGAUAUCACUCGAGCCUCUUGGAAAAAAAGGAUACAGCAUACCCAAAGCAGGGACCAUACAAGUGACCUUAUUUAAUCCCAAUAAAACUGUGGUGAAGAUGUUCCUGGUGACGUACAACUUUGGAGACAUGCCAGUCAAUCACAUGACCUUCCUGCGUCACCGCAUCUUCCUGGCGCCCGUGGAGGAGGGCGCCGAGGGUAAAGACGAGGCGGCUCAAGGAGGGGGAUCGCUCGACAGGAAGAGGGUUCUCUGCUACUUGAUACAUCUCAGAUUCCAGAGCUCCAAAUCUGGAAAAAUUUACUUGCACAAUGAUAUCCGGCUGCUAUUUUCCCGUAAAUCCAUUGAAGUGGAUACAGGGAUCCCGUAUGAGCUGAAAUCAUUCACCGAGGUGCCAAGAAACCCUAAAUACUCUCCCCGUAUGUGACCCCCCAGCCCGACCUUUUGAAGUUACCCUGAAUAAUAAAAAAAAAAAAAAAAAAGGAGCCCCUCCGUUGUUUCCUCAAAAAUGACUGACUGCAAGAAUGAUGGAGACAAAACUAGACGAAAACUGGAUGAAACGCUCCGCAAGGCACGCUGAGAUGCACACACCGAUGCUAUUUGGAAAAGUCCCUCUUUUUUUUUUCUUUCUCCUACGAUAUUUCAUCACUGUAGUCUCUUAGAGAGUCUGAAAAUGUCGCUUCAGUAAACAUGGCUGACCUUCUUGCCAUCUGGUCACUUAUAUUUAAAUAUUUAACACCUUGGAAAUCAGCGUAGGGACUGACGAGCAAGCAUACAAGCAAAAGCGGAACUUUUCCAUUGCCUUUUUAUCUGUACAACAAAAGAGACGAACAGAUUCCGACGCGCACACACCAAAACGGACUGAUGCAUAUCACAGACUUACAAACUUUUGGUGGCAACUCUCUGAGUUGAGUGUUAACAUGCAUGCCUCGUGACUUAAUCACCUGAGUUUUUCCUUUAGUGCCGUUUCACACUGUCCUUCACUCUGCCUGCAACGACAGACUCCUCAUUGGACAUUUCAGCAAUUUUAGCUCUGCAAGUCUGGUUUGGAACAAAAAAAAAAAAAGAUAAAAAAGAUAACGGCCCUAAAUGAGAAACACAUCUGCAACUGUUGGAUGUGAAGCACCUUUACACCUCUCUGAUGGCGGGGAGGUGGUAGAGAGACAAACACUAGUUAAGGCAAGAGCUGUAAUAGAAAAAGGCUCGCUUUAAUAUUGAAAUUGAUUUAAAACCGCAUUGACUUCAUUUGUUCAAACUCAGGAUUUCUUUUGAGAAAUGAAGAAAAAAAACCUCUUGUUGCUGUUUAACCGUUCAAGGUACAGACCACUGCGUACACACUGUCAUUUAAAAAAAAAAAAAAAAAA